CAAAAAAGGAAGGAAACCGAAGUAAGGAGUGUAGAACUUGAUUAGUUGAAGACUUUGGAAGAGAUACCUCUGCACAAACCGAGUCUUGUUUUUCCAAGCGGCGACUGCCCACCUCCUAAAACUCUCAAUUCGAUUCGAGAUUGGUCGUAUUCCUCUCCUCUCCAUUUCCGGGCAACAUGAGAAAAAUGGCAGCAGGGACAACUUCGCAGCUCUCAUGCUUCUCUGCCAUGAAUCGCCACCUCCACAUCUCAAGACGUCCUUCACUCCUUUGCACAAGUGCCCUUCGUCCAAAGUCUUUGCCAACUUUUGCUAUGAAUCUUGAAAGCAAUUCAAGGACAAAGAUUUCUGCUAGUUACACUGGGGAUGCAUCACCUGCAAAGUCGGAUCCCAUUUUAGAUGAUGAACAAGUUGUUGAACCGAAACGAGCAGCCAAGAUUCAUGAUUUCUGUUUUGGAAUUCCAUUUGGUGGGAUGGUUCUGAGUGGUGGAUUCAUUGGUUUUGUUUUCUCCAGAAAUCCUGCCACACUGGGCUCUGGCCUCCUGUUUGGAGGCGCAUUGCUAGCCCUUAGCAUUUAUAGCUUAAAAAUCUGGAGGCAAGGAAAAUCCAGUUUACCCUUUAUUAUCGGACAAGCUGCUUUGGCCGCGGCCCUUCUAUGGAAAAGCCUUCAGACCUAUGCACUGACAAAGAAAGUAUUUCCAACAGGCUUCUAUGCUGCUGUUAGUGCUGCAAUGAUCUGCUUCUAUUUAUAUGUCAUUCUCUCGGGAGGAAACCCCCCGCCAAAGAAGUCGAAGACAUUGGCAAAUGCCGCAACAUGAGAAUAUCUGAUUGUCUGAUUAGGUAUAAACUAUACAGGUAUGACAGUUAAUUGAUGAACAAAAUGUGAAUUUUAACGAACUGCAGGGGUGUUUAUUGAUGAACAAAAUGGGAAUUUUAACUUGCCGGUGAGGCUUCUAUAA